UUAUACUAUUAAGGUUUUACUUUUAUCUAAAUUCUAUCAAGAUGCAUGUGUUAAAAGUGUAAAUUUCGUAGGCCGUCGUGCUAGACAUUAGUCUCUCGGCAGAUAUAACUUAGACACCGUGUGCAUGAUUCAUGACAUAUCCUCUAAGUCUAAAUCAUGUUUUAAAUUAGUUUGAUAUGUUUAAAAUUCAGUUGGAUAGGUACAAUAAUUAGAAGAGCAAAAAAAAAAAAAAAACAAGUUCUGGUAGGUAUUUGAAAUAUAAAAUGAACAGCUUCGAAGACUAGAUCUUUUUAUUUCUUACUUCUUAAUACAAAAUCUAAUAAUUGCAGUCUGGAAAAUAUGUAUAUGAAUGUAUGUAUGAAUAAUGUAAUAACGCAAAAAUAGGAGGCACAAUAUUAGCAACAUUAAAAAAUAUAGAGUCAACUAACCGCAUUCAUGAAUAGAGAAUGUCAUCGGUUAAUCAUUUGAUUUUGGUGAUUCGGAAUAUAAAUAUUAAUUCAUAACUAUAAACAAAACAAGAAUGUAUGUAUAUAUGCAAGAAAGGGGGAAAGCGUCAAAAUUGAUUAUAAUGCAAAUUAGUUAACUCGACAUGUCGAAUAUGUAUGUCCAUAGUUUAGAGUGUAAAAUGUAUAUGCAUCAAUAUUUUUAUUAGUUGUCCAUUAUUAUAAGAUAAAUAGGCAUCCAAAUACCAAAAAGUAAAUUUAUGCAUCUUAUUGAACAACUGUCUUAAAUAAAACCAACAAGAGAAUGUGUGUACUAAUAAGAAUUGUCAUGAAAUUAUGGUUUUGAAAACGAAAUUUAACUUUACAUACAAAUACAUUGUUAAGUUCACACCGCUGGAGCAGAUAUUAUUAGUCUAUAUAUGUAUGUAUGCAUGAAUGUUAUAUUUUUUAUUAACUUAUAGAAAAUUUGGGACAACCAAAAUAAUUAACGUGCAACGAACCAGGAUGAUUGAAAGCCUAAUAAUAAUAGUUUACAAAAAAAAAAACGAACCCGAUGAAUAGCCCCUGGGAGGACUAAAACGUAACGGAGUUUGACUUGUAUUAUCUAUAGUUGCAUGUUUGAUGUUAACACAACAACGCCAUCAUUAAUUCGUCUUUGCAGCCUACCGAACUAAUUAAUCACAAAUAAGCAUAAUCACAUAUUAAUUCAAAAGGAUAAUGUAAAGUCAAAUAAUACAAAUAUUUCAUUCGAAGAUAUCUUGUAUAUAAUCAAAACUAUCGAGCUAGGAGUUACCUAAUACAUGUAUAAUGUAUUUUUGCAAAUUUUUAGUUAUGAGUGGGAAUUAUAGCGUCAGAUAAAGAGUUUGAUUUUGUGUGCAUGAAUCUUUUGCUAAAAAAUUAACGUGCGGUUGUUUACCAGUUUAUAAUUUGUUCUGUCAUUUAUAACAAGUAAAAUAGCGACGACCAAAGUAAUUAACAUGCAACGAACCACAAGAAAUAUAAGUGAAAGUUAAUGUGUAAAACGUAACUCUCUUUACUUAUUGUUUCUGACUUCAAACGUAACGGACUCUUGUAUAAUCUAUACAUGCAUAUGCAUGUCUGAUGUUUUUAAAGAUGUUUGAUGUUAACACAACAUCUCCAAUCUCCAUUAUUAUUUCGUUCGGGUCUCCCAACUAACUAAUCUCAAAUAAUCGAUAAUUUUGAGUUGAUGUCAAAUAUAAAAGAAAGAGUAUACAAAGAUAAUUGACGAAAUGGUUCAUAUGUUUCACAUACUGUCCCUGGCUACUUGAAUACACCAAACAUCAAAACAUAUAUAAGUGAAUACUUUUCCUACUAAGUUUUGCUUUUGAAUCUUUAGAUAAUCAUUGCGAUGGGAACUAAACCAGUCAAAUAAAUUUAAAUGAUUUUGACGGCCUCUAAGAGCAUCCCUAUUAGGAGUUCACUCCUUCAAGCUCUCACGUUUUCCAAAAAAGAAAAAUAUUAUAAUAUUUGUAGACCCACAUAUUUCAUGAACCUAUUCCUUAAAAAAAUUUUAUUGUGAAUCUGGUUCGUCACUGUUUCGCGGGUCCCACGCCACGUGACGGCCCGCGAUUGGUUUGGUAAUUUUUUUUUUAAAUAAAAAAAAAAAUAAUAAUUAAUUUCUCAAGACCUCCUCCCCCACUUUCACUAAUGGAGAUGCUCUAAAGUGUUAAUUUACAGAUGCAAAAAAGGCUGCUAUACUUCAAGAAAAACAAAAACUAAAAGAUAACGAAAAUCUCAUUUAGACCACCUCCAUACUACCAUAAAAUUAUAACAGAUAAAAAAACAGGAAAAGUCAGAAAAUAUGAGCUACUGUGUUUCAAUUGAGAGAUUAAUCAGAUUGUGAAAUAUCCAUUAUAUACCAAAAUGCCAUUUGUCAUUUUUAUUAAUUAGCUUUAAGAAAACUAAUCAUAUCAUUUAACUAUAUAAAGUAUAUUUUUGGACUUUUCAGUUUUGAACUAAAAAACUAUAUUAAUUAUUGACUUUCAACAACUACAUAGAAUAACGUUUAAUAAUGUCCCAUACACCACUAUAUAAACGAAUAAGCCACGAUACAUUUACAUCACAACACACUUAAAUAUCAAACAAGAACCUAAAAUGGCAGCACAAGCCAAAACAUUCUAUGCUCUCUUACUAGCCUCACUCCAACUCCUCAUAACAAGUCACGUGUCAUUAGCCGCCGGAGGAAAAUGGACUCUCCUCCUCUCCAACGUCGGAAUCUCCGCCAUGCACAUGCAGCUCCUCCGCAACGACCGUGUUGUAAUGUUCGAUAGAACCAACUUCGGGCCAUCAAACAUCUCUCUCCCCAACGGUAACUGCCGUAACAACCCACAAGACGCCGUUUCCAAAAUCGACUGCACAGCUCACUCCAUCGAAUACGACGUCGCAUCAAAUACGGUCCGUCCAUUGACCGUACAAUCCAACACAUGGUGCUCCUCCGGUUCGGUCAGACCGGAUGGUGUUCUCGUCCAAACCGGUGGAGACCGGGACGGUGAACUAAAAGCGAGAAUAUUCUCUCCUUGUAAUAACAAUAAAUGCGACUGGGUCGAGAUUAACAACGGUUUAACAAAGAGAAGGUGGUACUCUUCUAAUCAUAUUCUUCCCGACGGUAAACAAAUCGUUAUCGGAGGUCAAGGACAGUUUAACUACGAGUUUUACCCCAAAACGACAUCUCCUAACGUUAUCGCGUUACCGUUUUUGGCCGAGACUAAUGAUAGAGGACAAGAGAAUAAUCUUUACCCUUACGUGUUUCUCAACACCGACGGUAAUUUAUUUAUAUUCGCUAAUAACCGAGCGAUAUUACUUGACUAUGUUAAAAACACUGUGGUGAAAACUUAUCCGGCGAUUCCCGGUGGUGACCCGAGAAGCUACCCGAGCACCGGCUCAGCCGUGUUACUACCGUUGAAGAAUCUGGAAGCGGUUAAAAUCGACGCGGAGGUUCUAGUGUGCGGAGGUGCACCGAAGGGAUCAUACAUCCUCGCUUUUAGAAGGAAUACUUUCGUGAAAGCGCUUGACACGUGUGCAAGGAUCAAGAUUAACGACGAGAAUCCUCAGUGGACGGUGGAGAAGAUGCCACGUGCUAGAGUCAUGGGAGACAUGACGCUAUUACCUAACGGAGAUGUUUUGAUAGUCAACGGUGGUUCUUCUGGCUCAGCUGCAUGGGAGCUUGGUCGUGAACCGGUUUUCGUACCUGAUCUAUACCAUCCCGAGAAUCCGGUUAACUCGAGAUUUGAGUCGUUAAACCCGAGUACAAUCCCGAGAAUGUAUCACUCCACGGCGAUUCUUCUCCGCGACGGGAGAGUUCUCGUCGGAGGAAGCAACCCUCACGGGUUUUAUAACUUCACUGGAGUGCUUUUCCCGACCGAGUUAAGCUUGGAAGCUUUCUCUCCGGUUUAUCUUGAACCGGAGUUUGCGAAACUACGUCCGAAGAUUGUGUCUCCUAAGUCGCAAACAACUAUAACGUAUAGGAAAACUAUGAAGCUGAAGUUUAAGGUGGUCGGAGAAGUCAAGGGUCCAGUUAAAGUCACGAUGGUGUUUCCCUCGUUCACGACGCAUUCGUUUUCGAUGAAUCAGAGGCUUUUGGUUUUGGAUAAUGUUAAGUUUAAGAGAUCAAAAUCUACGAACUAUGAGGUUCAAGUAAGGACUCCAAGAUCCGCGUUUGUAGCACCUCCUGGUUAUUAUAUGAUGUUUGUGGUGAAUGAUAACAUCCCAAGCGAAGGUAUUUGGGUAAGGUUACGGUGAUCCAUAUUUAUAAAUUCGUUUACUUCUUUAAUUAUUCGCUUCUAAUGUGCAUGUUUGUUUAAUAUUAAAAUAUAAUGAUGUCUUCUUAAUUAUUUGAAGACUUGUAAAGUUUGUUUGGGUGACUUUUUGUUGAUUGACAACAAAAAAUUGUAUUUGUUGUAACUUGUAAUAAGAAUGUGUGUUCUUGGUUAAAUUUAUUUUUAAUGUCGAUCGGUAUAAUAUCAUACUCUCAUUGACGUGUAAGAAUAUAAAGUCUAGUGCAUGAAGAAGAUCCAAGAAGUAAGUUCUCAAAAAAAGAAAAGAUCGAAGAAGUAAGUUUUCAAUAUAUAGAAACUAUUAAAAAGGUGCUUAAUUUUUUCCCCUCAAUUUAACAUAUAUAUUCAUGUAAAUUAUUACUAGUAUCCUUUUACAUUUGACACCAACGAACUACUGCACAUAGCUAUUUUUCCUACCUUCCUUUGCUAAACUAUCAGCUCGUAUAUUACAUGAUCUAGGUAUUUUACAGACGUUGAAUUUAGCCAUUUCCUCUUCAACGAGUUUUCUGAUUUCUUCUAUGUAGACCGGACAAUGAGGAACUCAUCGGUUGCAUUCCCGUUGGGAACGUUUGGUAUUGUGCGAGUUGUUUCUUGAGUAAUGCUGAGUCUCCACAAAACGUCACUGGGCUGAAACCUAAAUUUUCCAUUUGUAGUAUGGCAAUACGGAGUGCCUCAGCUUCAGCUUCCAAUGGCGAGCCAACAGGAUCAAUGGCGGCUUUCCCUUGGAUUA